UGGUUCUUAUCUCGCCAUCGUUAAAUGUCAUUUCUGCCAACAUGGCCGCAAUUUAGACGACUUGAUGAUUGUUGCACGCUGAUAACCGCGAAGGUGCCCCAAAUUUCUCAAAUAAAUGUGCAAACUUGUGUCGAGACGAGCCCCCUGAUUGAACAAAAACAGAUCGAUCAUGUCGCUUUGGGCCAAGGCUCAGCAGUUACCCCCCGAGAGCCUCCAGCAAAUCCGGUCCAUCUACGGGGACCACUUUCCAAUCGAGGUGCGCCACUACUUGGCCCACUACAUCGAGGAGAAGUUCUGGUCGGAGAUAGACCCCGUCCCCGAAAACCCCCAGCAUGAGCAAUACGUGGCGGGGCUCGUCAACUCCCUUAUCCAGGAGGUGGAGAACAAGGCGGCAGUGGUCAACGAUGCCGAGUAUUUCCUCACGAAACUCAAAUUAGCGGAGGCUGCGAAAAUGUUUAGACAGAGAUACAGUUCUAACCCAAUGCAGCUGUUUUCAUAUGUGAGGCAGUGUCUCGCGACUGAAAUGAGGUUGGUGCAGGCCGCCAACGGCGAAGCUCUGACGGGGCUCGCCAAUUUGGUGAUUUCUAAUUCAGGGACGGAGGUUUUGCACAAGAUUGAUAUUUUAAGGAGACGGACUCAGGACACGGCCGACGAUUUGAGGAGGAUGGAACAGGAGCAGGAAUCGUUUGCUUUGCAAUAUCAUGAGUGUACAAAGAUUAACGCACACAUCCAACAGCUUUCCAGUCAGCAGCCCACCAACGCUCAAACGACAGCCACCGUUCAAAAACUUACCCGUCAAAAAGAGAUGCUCGAACAAGUUCUCAACCAAAAGGUGGCAGGUCUCAUGCAACUCCGUCUCGCCAUCGUCGACAAAUUCAAAGAGACCAUCCAACUUCUCAACCAGCUUCAAUCCAACAUCCUCGACGACGAACUAAUCCGAUGGAAACGUGAACAACAACUUGCCGGAAACGGCGCCAACUUCAAUAGUAACCUCGACUCGAUCCAAGACUGGUGCGAGAGUCUCGCGGAGUUGAUUUGGCUCAACCGGCAACAAAUCAAAGAAGUCGAUCGAUUGAGGCAAAAACUGUCUCUCGAUCCGCCAGGAGUCGCCGAUUUGUUGCCACAAGUUCUCGCCGACGUCACCCAACUGUUGUCUUCUUUGGUCACUUCGACAUUCAUUAUAGAGAAACAGCCCCCACAAGUGAUGAAAACUAACACAAGAUUCACAGCGACCGUUAGAUUGCUAGUUGGAGGGAAGUUGAACGUGCACAUGACUCCUCCCCAAGUUAAGGUUACGAUAAUAUCGGAAUCUCAAGCGAAUGUUUUAUUGAAAAAUGACAAGCUGGCCAAGAGUGGAGAAUGCAGUGGCGAGAUUUUGAACAAUACGGGAACAAUGGAGUACCAACAAGCCACUCGGCAAUUGUCGGUCAGUUUCCGAAAUAUGCAAUUGAAAAAAAUUAAGCGAGCGGAGAAAAAAGGCACGGAGAGUGUCAUGGACGAGAAAUUCUCCCUCUUGUUCCAGUCGCAGUUCAGUGUGGGGGGCGGCGAGCUGAUGUUCCAGGUGUGGACGUUAAGUCUUCCCGUUGUGGUGAUUGUCCACGGGAACCAGGAGCCCCAUGCGUGGGCCACGGUUACCUGGGAUAACGCCUUUAGCGACGCCGGCCGAGUGCCCUUCUCGGUCCCUGAUAAGGUUUUGUGGACCAACGUGGCGGAGACCCUCUCAUUGAAGUUCAGAGCUGCGACGGGGCGACCGCUCAACGAGGAUAAUUUAAGAUUUUUGGCCGAUAAAGCCUUCAGGGGGAAUUACAACGAAGGGAGUAAUCCGAUGCUGAGCUGGGCUCAGUUUUGUAAGGAGCCGCUGAGCGAGAGGAAUUUUACGUUUUGGGAGUGGUUUUAUGCUAUUAUGAAGUUGACGAGGGAGCAUUUGAGGGGGCCGUGGGUCGAUGGGGCGAUUAUUGGGUUUGUGAAGAAGAAGCAGGCGGAGGAGAUGUUGGCAUCGUGUCCGUGUGGGACGUUCCUGUUGAGGUUUUCAGAUAGCGAGCUUGGGGGCAUCACCAUUGCCUGGGUUUCAGAUACGGGCGAAGUCUUCAGCUUGCAACCCUUCACCUCGAAGGAUUUCGCGAUAAGAUCGUUGGCAGAUCGGAUAGCCGAUCUAAAUCAUCUCAUCUACUUGUAUCCCGACAUAUCCAAAGAAAUACCUUUUGGAAAAUAUUACACGCCCUUCCAAGAUAAUCAACCGACCAGUAACAAUGGUUACGUCAAACCCGUCCUUGUGACCCACGUGCCCGGUUUAAGCGCUGCGAGUUAUCCCAACACCCCUCAACAUUCAUAUCUACAAUCUCCGGACCCUUCAAGAGACACGCCGUCAGUGGCUAGCAGUUAUGCCGGUUCGAUCGCUACCACAACUGGCGGACCCGCAAUGGACUAUCUGGAGCAGUUGGAUGAUUGCAACAUCGAUCUCAAUGGUCUGGUGAACUUCAACGAGCUGAUGCAAGGGUACAAACAAUAGACGAUCGAGGGGGUGGGCGGUAAGAAGCGCAUUAACAAAACAGCUAGCUUUUUAACACUACGUUAAGGAUAUUUUCAAUUACGUUGCGUCGAUUAAGUACAAAAAUUGUAAUAAGUUUCCGUGCAAUAACUUUAUUGUACCUUUGUAUUAUAUUUAUGGUGCUCGAUAGUUUUUUGUUAUGCUUGUGUAGAUGUAGUGUCGAGCUGUACAUUUUUUUUAUUUUAUUUGUAAAAAUUCUUUUAAAAAUUGAAGAGGAUAUAUAUUUUUAGAAAUUUAUAAUAUAGUCUUGUUGCACUUUUUGAGAGUAUUCUAUAGACAAUCCACUGAAGUAUAUUUUAAGAAAUAUAGACGAACAAAUUCUCUGAAAGACUUUAAAUCUUGUGCCAUGCAAAAUCCACUGUGGUGUAGUUAGUCACCCAAUUAGUGUUGAUUAGUGUUCACACAAACCCAUAUUUCGUGCCUCUAGCUGUUGUGAUAAAAACACCUUCAAAUGGCCUAGUAGUUGAAAUUUUUGGCUCGAUGAAGUGCUGUUUUUACAAAAAUAAUUCCACAUCUUUGCUGCACCACUCUUACCAACAGCACGAGCUUCUAGGAGUUAUUCUUGUAACUGUUGCAUUUUAUCCCUUUUUUAUUGUUAGGACUUGCUGAUGUUUUUAGUAUAGUUAUGGUUUCUUUUAAAUAAAACGUAAUUAUAUGCU